GCGGCUGUGAUCCUUGGCGCCGCUGGUUUCUCCAUGCUGUGGAAGGCACUGGCGGAUGUAACCGGCUCUCCAGAAACCCCUGAUUGGCUGUAAGUCCAGGAAGGCCUCUUAGACCUCCAUCUCGUUUCAGAGCCACUUCUGAAGCUACUUGAGAAAAAUGAUGUGACCACUCCUAUCAAAAAGGAUAUUGGGAAACCUAUUACAUCUGUGAAGAAAGUGGCCCUUUUUCCCUUUUGCAAAAUCGACAUCCUCAAACUCCAAAAUGCCAUCUAAGACCCCAAUUUACCUGAAAGCUGCCAAUAACAAGAAAGGAAAGAAAUUUAAACGGAGGGACAUCUUGUCUCCAGAUAUGAUCAGCCCUCCCCUUGGAGACCUCCGCCACACCAUUCACAUCGGCAAAGAGGGCCAGCACGACAUCUUUGGAGACAUUUCCUUUCUUCAAGGAAAUGAGCUUCUACCUGGAAACCAGGAGAAAGCACGCACGGGCCAGUUCCCUGGGCAUAACGAGUUCUUCCAGGCCAACAGUACCUCCGACUCCACGUUCACAAAAAUGCCCUCCCCGGUGCUCAAAAACGCCACCUCCCUCCCAACCAUCGGAGGGUCCCAAGCACUCAUGUUGCCCUUGUUGUCACCGGUGACAUUCAGUUCCAAACAGGAGUCCUUAGGGCCGGGAAGGCUGCCCCGGCUUAGCUGUGAGCCGGUCAUGGAGGAAAAGGCUCCGGAGGAACGCAGUCUGUUGGAGAACGGGACAGUCCACCAGGGGGACGUCUUGUGGGGGUCCAGCGGGUCCGCAUCGCAGUCCAGCCAGGGCAGGGGCAGCCUCUCCGAACAGUACCACUGGGCGGCCGAGGACAAGUUUGACCAUUCCGCCCCGUGCGAGCUCGUCAAGGAAAAGACUAAAUCAGAGGAGUCCCUCUCUGAUCUCACGGGUUCCCUCCUCUCCAUGCAGCUCGAUCUUGGGCCCUCAUUUAUGGAUGAGGUGCUGAAUGUCAUGGAUAAAAGUAAGUAACAGGACACCACCGGCUCUUUUCCUUUGGGAUAAAAGGUAUCAAAAAACGGAACAAAACAAA